AAUUGUAUCGUACAUUCGUACGAAAAACUAUUAUAGUAUUAGUAGAAUUCUAUUUUUUUUUUUUAGUAUAAAAUAUUAUAUUAUAUAUUUUUUUUAUAAAUAUUUUAUAUUCGUUACGUUUUUGAUGUCCACGUUGUAAACGCACGCAGACGACUUGAAGUUUAAAAAGAGAUGGGUAUUCAAGGGCUGAUACCUCUUUUAGAAAAAUCAUGGAGAACCGUUAAUGUGUCGGAGUUCUCCGGAUGUACUGUGGCCAUUGACGCUUAUUGUUGGUUACAUAAAGGUGUAUACACCUGUGCUGAGAAAUUGGCAAGAGGAGAAGAUUGUCAAGCGUAUGUAUACUAUUGUAUGCGAUUUGUGUCUAUGUUGUUAGCUCAAAAUAUUAAACCAAUUUUAGUUUUUGAUGGACAACAUUUACCUGCUAAAGCUGAUACUGAAUUAAAACGGCGAAAAUUAAGAGAGCAAAAUCGAAAGAAAGCAGCCGAGUUAAUGCGUUUAGAUAAAGGGAAAGAAGCUUCAUCACUUUUAAGACGGAGUAUCGAUGUUACCCAUAAAAUGGCAUUAAAUCUUAUUAAGCGAUGUAGAGAGAUUAAUGUUGAUUGUAUUGUAGCACCAUAUGAAGCUGAUUCUCAACUAGCAUAUUUAAAUUUAAGUGGAAUUGCUCAUAUAGUCAUUACAGAAGACUCAGAUUUGUUGCUGUUUGGUUGUAAACGAGUGUUAUUUAAAAUGGACCAAAAUGGUGCUGGCAUAUUAAUUGAACAAGAAAAAUUACAUCUGUCAAUGAAUAUCCAACCUGAACAAUUUAGUUUAGAUAAAUUUCGUUAUAUGUGUAUAUUAUCGGGCUGUGAUUAUUUACCUUCUAUUUCUGGAAUAGGAUUGAUUAAAGCUCGACAAUUCAUCACUAGAACAAGUGAACCUGAUAUUUACAAAGCACUUUCGAGAUUAGGUUCUUUUAUGAAUAUUAAAAUUCCACCUGAAUAUCGUGAUCAAUUUAUGGAUGCUGAUCGUAUGUUCCAAUAUCAACCUGUAUUUGAUCCAUUAUCUCGUCGAGUAAUACCAUUAAAUGAAAUAUCAGACCCUAAUUUACCUGUGCUUGUUUCAAAAUUAAGUAGUAAUCAGGCUUAUCAGCUUGCACUAGGAAAUAUAGAUCCUUUUUCUUUAGAAAUAAUGGAUAAUUGGGAUCCAGAUAUUCAAUUAACUCCUGAAAAAAUUGCAAAAAAGAAAAUUAUUCAAGCUCGCCAUAAAAGUAUUUGGUCAAAAGACUAUCAACCAUUUAAAUAUAAUCCUGAAGUAUGUACUUUAACCCAAGAAAUCAUCAAGACUCCAACUAUGAGUCCCAAAGUAUCAAAAAAUGUUAUUCCGUCAUCACCAAUUCAUCAACCACCAGUAGCAAAAAAACGUCUUCCUGUAACUGAAGAUGAUAUUCUAAAUACUCUUGACGAAAUUUACGAAAAUGAAAAAGUCUCAGAAAAAUGUGACAUUAUUACUGAAGAAAAACAUAAGUCUACAAAAUCAGCAUAUCUCAAAGAUUGUAAAAUUACAAAUGAAUCGUUGAAAUCAGAAUUUAAUAUAGAUGAAAAUGAAUCGCCUUCAUUUUUAAAACAAUUAACUAAGAGAAAGUAUACAGUUAUAGAUCCAGAUGUACAGAUAGUUAGUGGGUACUUUUCCCCUCAAGUACCCAAAAUUAAUGAUGUUUUUGAAGAAGAAUCGAUAAAUCCAUUUAAAAGUCGCAAGAUAACGAUUCAUGAAAAUAAGAAUAUUAAUGACGAUAAGAAUAUUUUUUUAAAUACUAAUAAUAUUAAUGAAGGAAAUUUACUGCAAUUGUCGUGUCUUGAAAACGAGGAAGUUAAAACAAAAACAUUUAAUAAAAAACUGCCUAGUCAAACAUUAUCAGCCUUUAGUUGGAAGAGCUACUCAAAUAAUAGAAUGGUUACAAAUAAAGAACUCAAUGAGGAACAAAAAUACCAAAAUAACUCAAAUGAUUGUACUUCAGUAGACAAUGAUACUAAAAAAGUCGACCAUGAAAAUGAUAUUGAUGAAGGAUUUGGUAGUCAGAGCACAAAAGAAACGAGUAAUUCUCCAGUUGAGACACCAAAACAUGGAAAGCGUUCAUAUCCAAGGACUGGAUUAUCUAAAAGUACUGGGAAAAACAGUCAGACUCUGUUGUCCAAGUUUGGUUUCAAAACUGGUGACAAAUUAAAACGUUGAAGACUGUUUGCUCAAAUGAUCAUUUCUAUUCACCCUAAGACUGAUGACAUUAAGCUUAUGUGUUGUAACAAAGCUUGAAAUCUUCAUAAAUAAUUUUUUUUUUUUCAUUGUUAGGUUUUAGAUUAUUAUACAUUUAAUGUUUUAUAAAGAUUAUCACAAAUAAAACAUUACUUGGAUU